AUGACAUCGGCUUCUUCGGACAAGGGCAAAGCAGCAAUGUCGGCGUCGGCAGGGGAAGAAGGGCCCUGGGGGCACUCCGAUAUCUUCCGUGAGCCGACGGAUCCGGAAAUGAUUGCGUACCUUGGGCGGAAGCGAGAGUCGCUACAGAAUAAGGCGGCCCAAAGCGGCCGCGUGCUGGGAGCAGUCUACCGUCGGUUAGAGGCACUCCCAAUGAUCCAAGCGGAAGCACUUGGGUUUCAGCGUACAGGAGGAGGGAAAACGCCCCUUUCGAGGCGAGCUUCCGGAAAGUGGACAAUCUUACCCAAGAACAAAGAGGCAAGCGGAGAAGGGGGAUUCAUGGCCGUCAAGGGCGGAAAGACCGACGCGAAGCUCAGGAGACUCCGAAACGAGAAGAAUCUGAGGGCUCCCCUGCAUCUGCCGCUGUUCACAAGCCCGCUUGAGGUCGAUCCCACCGGCUCCGGCAAGGUUCACGAUCGAAUGAGUGAGUGUCUCAUGGCCGAGCGUGAGCGCUUCAUGGAGCUGUUGGGGAAGGAGAGGCAGGAGCGAAUCCAUCUCGAGGCCUUCGCGUGUUCCCUCGUGCAGGCUGCUUUUCGUGGCUACCUCCUGCGAAAGAGGCGGAAAGUGUUCGUUGUACUGUUCCGAGCGCCUGCGCCGUCGAAGUAA